AUGGCCUUGCAACUCUUCUACAAUGCUGAGGAUGCUGCACAUAUGCGCAUGGGAAGUAUGCUGGCAAUUCCCGUCUACUCCGAUUAUCUAAGCCCCGGUAGCCUGGUGUCAGACCUGAUCAUCAUCCCCGGACUGGCACAGACAUUUGUUAUAUUUCCUUCUGCAGAGCGGCCCCGCUUCGCCGGGUAUACUGACUUUAUCAUUCCCUGGGUAGCGAGUGAGGAAGAUAACUUUCUUCUCUCACUUCCCCUCGCUGCUCAGCUGGAAUCCCUAUCGCAAUCCGCUUUGCCGGGUUCCCCCAUUGAGACUGAUCCUGUCCCCCUCGGCCUCAGCUCCAGCGAAGGCUCGGGAUCCCUCGACUUAGAGUCCGAGCAGCUCGGUACCCUGACACCUGGGUCAUCUCUGGCAUUGUUCUGGAACAUUCUAUGA